AUUUACCAAAACGAAAGAACAUAACUUUAUCAUCUGUAUGUACCACACUAAUCGAGUCUUUCCUACCAGAUGCUCAUCAAAAAUAUGUAUGUUUAAACUACAUGCAGUCAAGCCAGUACAGAUCUUAGAAGAGCAGCGUUCCAGAAUAUCUACGUGAUAGACCAAAAACUACUAUCCUCCAUUGCCUAGAAAGGAAGUCCAAAGCACUUAAAUAUGUCACAGAUGACAUUAAAGUGGUCGAUAGCAAACAAGGGAUUUUUACAAUUGAAGGGUCGAAGAACAAGAAACACACCAUAAACUUUGGAAUCGAAAAUGAAGAUGGAAUGCCUUCAUGUACAUGUCCGGACUGGCAACAAUGGCACAUUCCAUGCAAACAUUUCUUUGCUGUGUUUAACUUGCAAAGUGGGUGGGCAUGGUCAAACCUUCAUCCAAAAUAUCUGAACAGUCCAUAUCUCUGUACGGACUCUCACGUACUCCAUGACUACUUUCAUAACACUGCCUCUAAUGAAUCACUCAACACUGAUUCGUUAAAUAGCUCAACUGAUAGUCUCCCAUCAACUAACGGAAGUCAUAACCCCAUCCAGACGGAACUUCCCAAACGGAAGACAUUCAUGACCUCACUAAAGCAAAGUGGUGAGCACGCUAGAACAAGCUUGAAAGUGUUACAAACACUCACCUACAACUGCACUGAUCCAGAUCGGCUUGAUCAAUUGGCUACUAAGCUUGACACCCUCAUCACAGAGUUUCGUGCAAUUCUACCAAAAACUGAGGGAUUGAUUCUUCGGCCUCAAGCACGUUUCUCUGCAAGAAAGAAAGCCCAACAAAUCAAACACAAGUAUCUGAACCUCACUUCAAGGCUAAAACGUGGAUGCCCGAAGUCUUAUUGGAAGUACAGAAACAGAGUGGGACAAAAAGCUGAUGCUCUCCGUAAGAAAGACGAGAGAGCACCUGAAAGUAAUACUCGUUGUUCUGGGCAACGUAGUGUACAACAGAGUCCUGUUAAACACAUGGUAAAAGCACUAAGACAGGGAGAAAAGAAAAGGAAGAGGUGCAACGAAUGCUCUGAGUGCAAAAAAGAAGAUUGUGGUUCAUGUCAUACAUGCAAAGAUAUGCUUAAAUUUGGGGGCAGUGGACGCAAAAAACAAUGCUGUCAAUAUAGAAAAUGCAGAGCAUUAAAAUCAGCAAAUGUCCUUGGUUUGACACUCAAACAAUCGGGUAUUCAGACUUGUAACCAAGACGUCAAGAUAAACACAAGUGUAAACAUGAAGAAUUCCACAUCAUUUUUAACGUAUCAUGGACGGAAGAUUGACCAAGUAUUAGGGGAUGGGAACUGUUUGUUUCGAGCGCUUGCUAAACAGUUAACAGGUGAUUCAGACAAACAUGGCAUACUAAGAGACAAGCUAUGUGAAUUUAUCACUGUAAACAGUGAGCUUCUAGAGGGGUGGGUCACAGCAGGGGUAACUCUUGAAGAACACCUGGCCUCUGUGUCACUAAGCCCAACACUUGGGGAACACAGCUGGAACUUAAAGCAGCAGCAACGCUGUUCAAUCUUGAUAUAUAUGUUGCCACGAAUUCUCUGCUAACCAGUGGAUAUUACAAUGAUAUCUCCACUCAAACCCGUCAGUUCGUGUUGUUUUCUAGGUAAAGAGUGGCUCAUUCAUUUCAACUCUCAACGUAAAUCAUGGCUAGAGAUAUGUCACCAAAAUGGAUGCCAUUAUGAUUGCAUAAAUUCAAUCCAAUGUGGCAAAAACAUAACCAUCUUACCCCCUCCUCUGAAGCUAGGAGAGAGUGCAAACAUCACUAUUUUAUGAACUGAUUUUCUUUUAUUUACCUGUAGACUAUCAUCAUUUCUCUGUUCCCAAGUAGUACUAGUCACAGUAUACAUAUACAUGAUAAUGUUAUAAAUAGACUGAAUAGUGAAUGUAGAUAUCUGAGUAUAUUAAUGACUAUUUAAUCAUUUUGCGCAAGAGUGUUGUUUACAAAAGUCAGGUGCUUCACACGUGAACAAGCUUCCUGUACUUCACAUCGAGUGAUCAAACCCAAUCCCAAUUAAAUACUGCGAGUGAAUGUCUCAGAUUGCACACGUGAUCUAAACGUUGCAUUUUUGUGCUUAAAUUAUGUCAAUUUGUUACUAUGUGCGCCCUUAUAUAAUUAAAGUACAUGCUGACCAAACUACUGCUCAAAACAAUAAAUCCGUGGGAUGCCAUCGAAUGAAGGAUUCCAAAACACCGUUAAGGAUACAUGUUCUUAAAACUAUUAACUCACUGUCAUUACUUACUUUGAUAACAAUGGGAGUCUGUUCAUCGUCCAUGCACCUGCACCUUGCUCACU